AUGCAUUUUCUUUUACUUGUAUGGCUCCUGGCCUCACUGGCCUUGGGCAGUCCAAUCGCGCAUAAUACUUUCCCACCCAGACAGACGUCCAAACUUGAGACAAGGGCCACAAAUCAGAGUCAGUCGUUACAGAACUCUCAGGUGCCUUGGAAAGGGUUCGAUAUCAACACAAACUACUACACGAGCGCCCCAGAUACGGGCGUCGUUCGGGAGUAUUUCUUCGACAUCAUCAAUACCACUCGCGCACCUGAUGGGGUCGAGCGCCAGGUGCUUCUUGUCAAUGGUCAAUUCCCAGGGCCCACCAUUGAGGCCAAUUGGGGAGACACGGUAAAGGUGCAUGUCACAAAUCGCAUGCAGAACAAUGGCACUUCCAUUCACUUCCAUGGCAUCCGACAGCUGAACAACAACCAGAUGGAUGGAGUGACGGCUUUGACCCAAUGCCCUGUACCGCCAGGGGCCAGCUACACUUAUGUAUGGAAAGCGGAGCAGUACGGUUCAAGCUGGUACCAUUCGCACUUUUCUCUUCAAGCUUGGGAGGGUGUCUUUGGAGGGAUCGUGAUCCAUGGUCCUGCAACGGCUGACUAUGACCACGACCUGGGCGUCCUCUUUCUGGGUGAUUGGCUUCAUGAGACCUAUUAUAGCUAUUAUCAAGAUGACCUCAACAGUGGCAAAAUACCUACCAUGACGACGGGCCUUUUGAAUGGAACAAACGUUUGGGCUCCUAAGACCGGGCCUACCGUCGGCCAAAGGUUCCAGACCACUUUCGUUCCCGGUCAAAGGUAUCGGAUUCGCCUUAUAGGUAACGCCAUGCACACACAGUUCAAGUUCUCGAUCGACAAUCAUGAUCUCACCGUUAUUGCGGCUGACUUGGUCCCCAUUGUGCCAUUCAAGACGAAUUACGUCCCGAUUGGAAUGGGUCAGCGUUACGAUAUCAUCGUGACUGCGAACCAGAAACCGGAUAACUAUUGGAUUCGGGCGAUGCCGCAGUCGUACUGCAGUAACAACACCGCGGCCGAUAACAUCAAAGGUAUUCUGCGCUACCAAGGGUCCGACCCCAACUCGGACCCAAGCUCGACCAAGUGGGAUUAUGGCGGCGACGUUGACUGUCAGGACUUUCCGACGUCGACCCUUGUUCCGAAGCUCGCUUUGAAUGCAGACCUCGGCGAGGCGAACACGGUGAAUUCUGCUGUCGGAUUUAGCGGCGUCGGCAAGCCACCCAUCUAUCUCUGGAAUAUGGGUGGCGAGAUCUUCAAUACGUCUUGGAGUGACCCAACGCUACUGCAAACAUCCGAGGCCCCAAAGAAGUCCAGCUGGGAGCCGGGCCAGGGGGUGAUUCAGGCGAGCGUUGCGAAUCAAUGGACCGUGAUUAUAAUUCAGGAGGUUCUUCCGGCGGUUCAUCCUAUCCACCUACACGGUCACGACUUUUACAUCCUAGCUCAGGGCCUUGGUACCUACGACCCUUCCACCGUGAAACUGCAAACAGAGAACCCCACGCGCCGCGACACCCUCAAUCUCCCCGCAGUAAGCGGCAAGGGUGGCUACGUGGUCAUUGCUUUCCCGGCUGAUAACCCCGGCGCGUGGCUGCUUCACUGCCACAUUGGCUUCCACGCGGCGGAAGGCUUCGCGCAGCAGAUUAUCGAGCGACAGAGUGAGUUCAAGGAGUUUCUGGACCGAGAUGUCCUAGAAGAGACGUGUAAUGCUUGGAACGAGUGGGCGGAGACGAACCCCUACGGCUAUCAGCACCGCGGGGAUCACGGGCCUUACGAGUCUGGGGUCUAA